GCCUUGGACAUUUUGACACGAGCUCCUGCAUCCUUCUGCAAUUGCGCAAUUGUGUCACCACCUUUGCCGAUAAUAGCACCAGCAGCAACACUUGGUACUAACAUUUUGAAAUGGUAUGUCCCAUCAGCACCUCCAGCAUAAUGUGAUUUCUUUGUAACUCCAUUUUCAACAUCACCGUCCAACGGUCUUUUUCUAGAAUCUUGAAUUUCUGGGGAUGGACACGUAUCCAUACCCGAGUCCGCCGCCAUAUUGGACUGCACUAUGUCCACAGCUGUAUUCCCCACUGCUUCCAUACUCUCUGACUGUAUUCCAUCCAUUGCACCUACACGUAAUUUACCAUGGAAGAUCAACUUCUACCUUCAUUUACAUGGAAGAUCUAAUUCUACCUUCAUUUGUUAUUCUAUUAUGUACUAUCCUUGCUCCAACUAUAACCCAAUCAAAUUUCAGUUAUUUAAGCGGUACUAUGACAACCACUAACACACAAACGCCAGGAAAUGAUCGAAAAAGAUAGUUACAAAUACAUUUUGUGAUACGGUGUCCGAGUGAAUUCAUUCUCCUACGACUUCUUGUUAAUAGUCGGUUUUUUAGUAUCUUGUAGCGCUGUGCAUUAAUGUUAUUUUUGUUAAAUCACAAUGUUUGAAGAUUGUUCCUUUAAUGCUGUAAGUUUUAAAUCAGAGGUAAAACAAACAAG